CCCUUUUCUCCCCCCUAUUCCUGAUAAAGUACGCAAAUCCGAGGGCCCGCGGGCUAGCCCGCUCUGCGCAGGCGCAGAGAGAAUGGAUGGUUGGAGAAGGAACCUGGAACUCCCAUCCACUUUUAGGAUGCUCCAGUCUUCUGGUCUCAGUAGGCUCAUGCCUCCAUCUCAUUUCCAGAAACGGCCGCUUCCAGGCAUGUCCAGGAUCACUUCUGUACAGUCCCCACACUUGCCCAUAGUCCUGCCUUCACCCCAUCAUGGUAAUGAUAACAGUGAUCAUAGAUGGGAGCAUCAUGGACUACAUAUUUUGAGAGAACAAAUUGGGGCAGGUGAUAGUGAGGAUCCCAAAAGAAGGAUCAGGUCCCUGGACAACGUAGGGCCACAGGGCUUGAAGUCUCAGAGUGAGUUCACUCAGCACCUGGAAGAGAUGCGGAGACUUGAGAUGGAGAGCCAGGCUUUGCGGUUGGCUUCAGUCCAUCAGAAGGCUCAGCUGGCAACUCAGGCUGAGGAGCUGGAAGUCUUGGGACAGGCAAAGGAGGCUAUGCAGGUUGAAGUAGAGGAGCUUCGUGCUGCCUUGGCUGGGGCAGAGCUCAUUCGGCAGAAAUUGGAAGAAGGAAACAGACAAGAGCUGGAAGAGACCCAGAAGCUGCACAAGGAUCAGAUCUCCCACAUGACCGAAGCUCACCAGGAAGCUCUUGCUACCCUGGCCAACAAGGCCCAUGAGUUGGAGGAGAAACUCAAGACCAUGGAAUCUAAGAGGGACAAAGAGACCAAGGAGCUGGCCGUUGUACAGAAAGAGGCUAAGAUGUUAAGGGAGGAACUAAGUAAGGCCCAUGCAGAGCUCAAGACCCAGGUGGCCCUUGUUGAGCAGCUUAGGAGGUAUGUAGGGGAUCGCAUCCCACCAGAAAGCAAGAACCAGACGUGGGAGCAGGAGCGAAAGCAGCUGCUGGAGAAGGUGCAGCAUUUGCAAGAGGAGCGGAAUGCCUUGUGUACCACUUUGGAGUUGCUACAGGUUAGAGUGCAGAGCCUCCAGGACAUCCUUGCCCUACAGGAAGAGGAACUGGGUCGAAAGGUCCAGCCCACAAACCCCCUGGAGUCUGACGCAGCCAAGAAGGCUCAGGCCCUGCUAAGCCGUUGGAGGGAAAAAGUGUUUGCCUUAAUGGUGCAGUUGAAAGGCCAGGAGUUGGAACAUACUCAGCAUACCCAAAAGCUGAAAGGAAAGGUAACAUCACUUUUCAAUACUCUCUCUCUCUCUCUCUUUUCAUAG